AUGGUCCUUGAGCGCCUUCAGCAGCUGACCUACCAGGUCAGCGCUUCUUCUCCCCCACCUCAUCCCUUUGACCCUCUUUCAACAACAGAAAUCGACACGGUAGUCGCCAUCAUCCGCAAGGAACAUGGCAAGGUCAAUUUCAACGCGGUGACUCUGUAUGAGCCUCGGAAGGCGGAGAUGAUGGCCUGGCUCGCGGAUCCCAAGAAUGCGCCCCGUCCUGCGCGUGCUGCUGAUGUCGUUGCAAUCGCGCCUGGCGGUAAGGUCUUCGAUGGCAUUGUCGAUCUGGAUCAGAAGAAGAUCGUCUCGUGGAAGCAUGCGCCGGGUGUGCAGCCGCUUAUUACGAUGGAGGAUUUGCAGGAGGUUGAGCAUAUUGUUCGGAAGGAUCCCAAGGUAAUUGAGCAGUGUGGGAUUCUGGGGAUUCCGAAGGAGGAUAUGCACAAGAUUUACUGCGAUCCUUGGACCAUUGGCUAUGAUGAGCGCUUUGGGAGCGAUGUCCGUCUGCAGCAGGCGCUGAUGUACUAUCGCCCCCAUGUCGACGACUCCCAGUACACAUUCCCCCUGGACUUUUGUCCGAUCUACAAUGCGGAGACCAAGAAGAUCAUCCACAUCGAUAUCCCACCAGUACGACGACCCAUCAGUAGGGCCCCGGCGAAUAACUACCACCCAGCGUCAAUCGAGAAGGAUGGCGGCUACCGGACAGACAUUAAGCCAAUCCAUAUCACUCAGCCGGAGGGUGUAUCUUUCAAGCUGGACGGACGCACCAUCCAGUGGCAGAACUGGAGUAUCCACGUUGGCUUCAAUUAUCGUGAAGGCAUUGUGCUCAACAACAUCACUUUCAAUGACAAGGGAGAUGUUCGACCAGUCUUCUACCGUCUCUCGUUGGCGGAAAUGGUUGUCCCAUACGGUAACCCCGAGCAUCCCCAUCAACGCAAACACGCAUUCGACCUGGGCGAGUACGGCGGUGGAUACAUGACCAACAGCUUGUCGCUCGGAUGUGACUGCAAAGGUGCUAUCCACUACAUGGAUGCUGCCUUUGUCAACCGUGCCGGUGCCAGCACCAUCGUAAAGAACGCUAUCUGCAUUCACGAGGAAGAUGCCGGUAUCCUUUUCAAGCACACCGACUUCCGGGACGAGUCCAUCAUCGUCACCCGUGGACGCAAGCUCAUCAUCUCCCACAUUUUCACCGCCGCCAACUACGAGUACUGCGUUUACUGGAUCUUCCACCAAGACGGCACCGUCCAGCUUGAUAUCAAACUAACCGGAAUUCUUAACACCUACGCCAUGAACCCCGGAGAGGACACCAAGGGCUGGGGUACCGAGGUCUACCCCGGCGUCAACGCCCAUAACCACCAGCACUUAUUCUGUCUGCGCAUCGAUCCCAACAUUGACGGUCCAAACAACACUGUCUUCCAGGUGGAUGCAGAACGAGGCCCCGGAGAGGUCGGAAGUGCGGAGAACAAGUACGGCAACGCCUUCUACGCCAAGAAGACCAAGUUCACCACGCCCCUGGAGGCCAUGUCGGAUUACAACGGCGCCACCUCUAGAACCUGGGAGAUGGCGAACACAAACAAGCUGAACCCCCACAGCAAGAAGCCGGUCUGCUACAAGCUCGUCAGCCGAGAGGUUCCCCCACUGCUUCCCAAGGAGGGCGGGUUGGUCUGGAAGCGCGCCGGCUUUGCCAGACACGCUGUGCAUGUCACCCAAUACUCCGACGAUCAGGUCCACCCUGCAGGCCGCCAUGUCCCGCAGACUUCCGGUGAGCCCUCUGAAGGUCUGCCAGCAUGGAUUGAGGCAGCGGGCCCCAACUGCUCAAUUGACAACACGGAUAUCGUCCUCUGGCACACAUUCGGUCUCACUCACUUCCCGUCUCCUGAAGACUACCCCAUCAUGCCUGCGGAGCCCAUGACGGUGCUCCUUCGCCCUCGAAAUUUCUUUGCUCGUAAUCCGGCGUUGGAUGUCCCUCCUAGCUACGCCAGAACUCCUUCGCAGAUAGCCGCGGGGGCAAGCGCAUGUCAAGCCAGUUAUGUCGACGACUACAACGCCCAAGAGAUCGCGUGCGAGACCACUCAUCAGCAAGAGUCGACGGUCACAGCUGGUAACGACCAUACUUCUCUAGUAGUCAUCGGCGACGACGAGGGUGGCGUGGAAACUACUGGUAAUACCACUAUUACCGACAACCCAGAGUUCGAAGAUGGAUGGGUCCUCGAUCUGGACUACGAUGGAGGCGAGGGAGAUGACCUACCCCCCUCGUCGCGGUGCUCGUGCUGGUCGCCGUGCUGGUCGCGGUCGCCGUGCGGCCCCCGCGUUCAACCGCCGCAGCCUCCCCCGCCUCCUGCGCCUAGCCUUCCGGCCCCUGCGCUCUUUUGCUACCGGUGCUUGCAAGCACCAACCGUUCGCGCAGCGGGGGUGCUUCCUCCCUGCGAUGGGUACUCUCCUUCGGGGAGGAAGUGCUCCCGCUGCGCCAACAUGCACCAGCCGUGCCUGUCGUUUCCAGCCACGGCUUUGCCGUUGGCACGCCGUGUGGUUCUGCUCUCCCACGCCGCCGAUCGUGCCCCUACUGCCAGUGCCGCCAAAGCAGCGUCUUUGGCGGCCGUCGUCGCCGCGGCCUGGGCUUUUAAGGCUCGGGUCCGCGCCGACGGCGGCCCGUUGCCUCGUGGCAAGAAUGGGCUGCAGAACGUCAUGCAAACUGGGAUGAAGGUGGUCUCCCUAAGCCACAUGAGGACAUCUGAGAAAACUAAAGCCACGGAUUCAAGCGCUAGAGGGCACGAGAAUCACACGCAUAGAUCUGGACCAUAUCAUGCGCGGACAGCCUUCGCCUUCCUCGUGGCCCCUGCCCCUCACGAGAAUCAAUGGAUUCAAGAAGCUUUUGGUGCCGCGUGUGUCAUGUAUCUUCAUCGAGACAGCUACCCCGCCGUCACCAGCCCUGCAAAUCUGUUCCUCACCCUAUCCGCAGCAGAUCUACACUGGUCAGAUCUGAUGGAGCAUCUUCCAAACUACGAAAUCUGGCGCGAUGGGGAUGGCAGAACACGGAUACGUCUUGCAAGGGAAAAUCUUCGGGAUAACCCCCACAUUGUUGCCCAGUGGUUCCGCCUUCUUUUUACGAUAUUCAAGAAAGAAGUCCCCAAGUUCGUCGUAUUUCGCGCUCAACGACGCCCUCCACCGUUGCCGCGUGGUUCCGCAUCUGGAACAAUGAGUGGAAUCAAUACGAAUGGCAGGGUCGAGGUUCAACCCACAACCACGGCACCGAGCCCCCAGUGGACUUCGUUCAGCGGGCCUGCUCGCAGCGGCGAUGCCGCGGAAUUAAUCCCUGGUGUUGAUUACGACAAAGCGUUUGUUCAGAAUCUCGAAGGGAGCGCCCCGCGUCUGGCGGGUUGUUUCAAGCUGCCGAAUUCGGUGGCACACCGCGAAAAGAAUUAUGGCCAGGAUGGCAAACCCAACGCAGGGAGGAAUAAUGUUGUGGACUGGGCCCGCGAUGCAAACAUCCUGCCGGCCAUCAUGGCCCCAACCCAGCCCCAGGCUGGGGUGCUCGGCGUGCCGCUGGCUGGGCUUCCUGAAGUCACAGUCCUUUGGUACGUGGUGCAGCUGAUGCGUGCCAAACCGGCUUUGUUCCCUGGCACCAACUUGGAGGCGGACCCUGUCACCCUAGACCCAUACGACAUCCUUCAUGGGUGGAAACUCCUCGCAUUCUUCUGGAACAGAGAGAGUGUCCAAACCAAAGCAACGGUGGUCGUGGCGGCCGUGGCGGUUGGGGCCAGGGUGGUGGUCGCAGGGGCCGGGGUCCAAGAGGCCCGUAAUAGAAACCAAGAUCUCCGCCGCACGCCGGCGGCAGAAAUAGACAUCCUAGAGAGACUUGAGGAGCCCCGGAACCUGAUGGCAAACAUCAUGCGAGCCUGCCGGGGUGUUCAGUCUCAACUGCCUUGGCUCCAAGUAGUACGUUUUGUCCCGAGUUUUGGGCUGCAGCCCUCCGAGCGAGUCUACCAGGGCGAAUUCGGCCCGCAAGAAUCAGAGGCGUGGACUGAUGGGGCCUUCGCAUCUUUGAUGAGCCGUAGCGAGUCCAACUCUUUGAACCACGAAGCUCAAGAUGGCAUUAUACUGCAAGAACUUGUCCGACCUUCAUCCUUUCGGCUCCAGUUGCUGACGGCGCAGAAAGUUCCCUGGGACGCAAAUGGUCUACCUCCGCCUGACGAAGAUCUGAUUGAGAAACACAAGUUGCCAGACUAUGUCGACGUCGACAGAACGGCUUGGCCGACUGCCUUGAAAGGAUUCGGCAUUACAAAACUGCGAAUUGAAGAAGACCUUACCACCUACCCCUGGGGCAAGCCAGCGAUUGCACUGCAAAGAACCUUGGCAAGAACUAAGGCAUACAAGAAAGAUUCCCUGUUCAGUGAAAUACCGCGCAACUCCUGCGCUCCUGGGCGAAGCCCAGCGGAUUCCAGCAAGCUGCUCUUAGAGCAGCCACGCGCCUUCGACCUGCUAGCGACCCGUACUUCCUUCACAGACAUUGCCGCCAUGGUAGGCGCUAUCAUCGCAGAACCUCAAUCAGCAAAGCAGUUGCUCAUUCUGCAAUGA